CAUCAGUAUAUUUCGAUGUUUUCCUGAAAAAUGCCAGGUGAAUACUUCAGGGAUUCUGUAUUACACAAGAAAAUCAUCCCAUUUCUGAAGAACCCUGAAAAUGUUAUUGAACCGAAGGAAGUGACAUUUUUACACGACUGUGCACCCUGUAUGAAAGCCAUGGCCACACAGGAGCUGGUAAGAGCCAAUGUGGACUUUUUCGGUAAUAAUGAGUAUCCUGCAAACAGCCCGGAUUUAAAUGAAGCAGAACACAUGGGCUCUAUUAUGAAGGGAGGGGUUGAGAAAUUAAUCGAAGAUCAGCCAGAAGAGAACGGUCAUAGCCAUGAGACAUUGCUCAAAUGUAUCAAGAAAGCUCUUAAAAGUCUGGAAACAGCAACACAUCUAUUUGUGAACAUUUUAGAAUCGUAUUUUCGUAGAACUGAGGCCGUCUGA